AUGGUGAACUCCAGCUGUAAAAUGUCACAAGCGGCGCUGUUGAUCGUCGGUACGUUCGUGUUGGGAUCGUUGGCGGGCCUUACGCCGUUGGGUAAAGAGAGACCGCGAACCCUGCAGAUGAUCGGUGCGACGAACCCUCGCAUGCUGCAUCGGAUCAGUGCCGACCUGCAGCCGGACACGUCCAAGGUGGUGCACAUCCAGGUGCCGUACUACAUCGAUCGGCCGAAAGUACGCACGAAAAAGUUCAAACCAUGGAUCCCCCGUGGACACCGGUUCGCGACUUCCGGUGGCCAUCUGCCGGUGCAACAACUAUCGAUAGGUACAGCCACUUUUGGUUCACCGUUCCCUCGAGAGAUUCCGCUCAAGGGUAUUCCGAUCGGUGCAACCGGUGAGUUCCUGCAGACGGGGGGAGCGGCUGGUGGUAGCAGUGGUCCCGGACCUUACGAUACUCCCUUCGUGCCGGUGAUGAAACCGAGCCCCGUCAACCCACUGCACCCACCGGAACGGCCGACACCGGAGAUUAUGUUCGAACCGAUCAGCAUCCUCCCGCUGGAAGCGCCCUCGUUCGAGACGCUACGCAAUCACGUCAACUUCCUCAAGCAAAAACAACAGGCUUUCUUCGAGGGGCAAGGUCGGGAGUUCGGGUUCAGCGGUGCCAUCGUUCCGGAAGAACUGGACUACUUCGGAAAGCACCAUGGAGGUGCCAUACACAACGGGGAUGUAGGCGAUGGUGUGGAGGAAGGCGAGCGCAACACCCUUUCGGAGGAUGACUUUGGCCAGAACGAUCGGAAGUACGAUCGGCGGGGAAAGGUUCUGGUGGGCAGCGAGGAAGCGCAGUCGGGUGAGGCCGACUUCUAUGACUCCGAUGGCAAGCAGUACAGUGACGACGAUUUUGAGGAUUCGCGCGAAGAAGCGGACCGGGUGGCGGCGUUUGAGCCGAAGAAGGUCUACACUCAGGUGCGCCAUCAGGAGACGAUACGCCACGUGCCGAGGCGUGAGCAACCGGAGGAGGAAGAGGAAGACUAUAACGACGACGGUGCACGAGACAAUGAGGAUGAGGAAGAGGAUGAUGAAGGCGAGGAGGGAAGAGAAGAGGACGGUGAUGAUGACGAUGAGGAGGAAGACGACGAGGGCGGCGGCAAUCGGGCGUACGCUCUGUCGAAAGGAUCGGACCAUCACCAACCGAUCAAGGAGCGGGUGAAAGAGCAUCGGAAAAAUAUCGUCUACAGCGAGAAGGGACGUGAGGCGCAAAAGUUUGACCACGGUUCGGAGGAGCGAUUCGGUGAGUUCGAGCAGAACCAGACGAGCAAACCGAGGCGCGACUCAAAAAAGUCCAAACGAAACCGAAUCAAGCGAUCAGAACCGGAAGGGGCUAAAACCCCGUCCGACGCUGAGGAACGCUUGCGAAGUGAGGUAGUGGACGUGCUUGCUUAUAUUAUCUUAGGGAAUGCUUCCAACAUAACCUCACUUCCCCAACCGGAAGCGCUGACCGAUCCUCGGGAGCUGCAGGGCGAAGAGUUACUGCGGUUUUUGGAUGAGGCGAUCCAGAACACAACCCAGUAUCUUCCUGAGCCAGCUCUGGAGGGUGGCGAAGUGAUAAGCAUCGUGUCGCCACCGAGGAACGUCGUGAAGUUCCCGUACUACAACCGACCGGCGUCCGAGAUCGACGUCGAUUCCGCCCUCCGGUAUGCCGAGAACCUGACCACCUUCAGCGGGGGACUGUACGGUAGCAAAGCCGGAGGAGUCGAGUGCAACGAGGUGGAUGUGGAGCUGGAGGACGAACCGGAACCGAUUGCCGAGGGUGGGUCGGACAAUGGUUUCCGACCAAUCAAGCGCCUCAAAGGACUGGGUGACAAAAUUGACUGUUUGAAGGCGAAACACUUUGGGCGCGAACCGCUUGACAAUCCUCUGUUUAGGGAGGAGUUUGUGGGAAGUCCGAGGAAAGCGGGAUCCAGUGUGGUGACGCUGCCGCAACAACCCAACCCGGCCGUCGCAGUGUACAAUGACGUGAUACGACACAUCAAGAAGCACCUGGCCAGUCAGCAGCGUAACAAGAACUCCAAGUCGGACACGGACCAGGACACGGUGAUGAUUGCCGUGCCGAGGGUACUGAACCUGGAUGCCGACGGGGACAGCUCGGACGAUCGGUUUACGAUCGACGUCGGGCGGAGACGGGAACCACGGCUUGCCUUUCCCCAGGCAAACCCGCUUCCAGUCUCGAAUCACAUCAGCGUUCCCAUCUUCGAUAUCAGCAAGUAUGUGCCUCGGUUUAUGAUGCGCGCGAACGACGAUCUCUUCGCCGAUGACCUCGAAGACGCCAAGCUGAUUCCGCUCCGCCCCCGGCCUACUACACCAGCGCCGUUCGUACCGGUCACGCCACGUCUCAGCACACCGAAGGUGCGUCUUCAGACGUUGGUCAAGACGGCCGAACAGCUGGCCGAAGGGGCAGUCGCCGUAGAGGAGGGAGUGGAGCGGCAACUCACCACGGCACAACCCGUACGGGACGACAUUGCCGAUGCGUUCGAUGAUGUGAUUACGAAGCGACCGGAACCACCCGCCCCAUUGCCACCGAUUCAUCAGUACAGUGUGGUGGAGCAGGAUCCAAAAGAUGGCGAUCCAGAGCCCACGUUCAACAAGUCGGGACCUCCGUAUGCGGCGCUAGCCCUGGAACCGCCGGUAGCGCAGAGCAUUCUCAAGCAGCGGAUUGCCCCGAUCGAGCGGAACCAGCUCGAUUUCCACAAGGGCAAGAAGCGAUCGCCAAAGAUUCCGGCACGCAAGUCCCGAAGGCCUACCGGGGUGACGCGCAAGAAGGUGCUGGUAUUCUACCACUGA